AUGGCACUCACUGUCUCUUUUAACGGCGCUGAUAACACUGGCAAGACCACCCAGAUUGGGCUAUUGCCGCAUGCUUUUGGUAUUAUGUUCGCAGGGAGCCUUCAUGACUGCGACACGAAAAUGAGUCAAGUGGUCCAAUCAGGGAAGUUCCGGGAUUGGUGGUGGGAUAGUACAGACGAAGACUUUGUAUGUACAAUUUUUGGUGCUUUAGGCCGCCGGUACUGGAACUCGCUGGCGGCUGAGCAUAUCAGCAUUAUUGUGUUCGAUCGAGGUACCACAAUGUUUCACGCCGUCGCUGUUGCAAUGCUUGCGAUCAAGCGGGAGGACCACGACCUGAUUCGGGCACGUACAAGGCUGCGUGAAAUACAGCGGCAAUAUGCACUUCGAGUUCCUCAGGAACAGCUUGUCAUACUUCUAAAGCAUGGCAAAAGCUUGGAAGAGUCGGUCAAUAUAACAGUUCAGCGUGAGGACGGAGCUGUCGACGAGCGUUAUUUCCAAUACCAAACUCUGCUUCAAACUGAACUUCAGCACCAGGAAGAUGAAGGUCUUUAUCAGCACAUUGUCACCAUAGGAGAGCAAGAAACUCACGGCGAAGUCCAGAAAAAAGUCCGCGAAAUAAUACUGUCUCGGACUCACGAUUCGCGGUUUGCUCCUAUGUUGCACGGUCUGACUCGCAUCUACGCUUUUGGCGGCCUUUCAGAAGCCGGAAAAAGUAGUCUCGCUCAAGGCAUGUGUGAUCUUUAUGGCUCGAAACUCGCUUUUCGCAGUAAAAUUGUUCACUUUGACGACAUGGCGAGCGAAAAAUUGAAGAAAAGUAUUUACAGUCUUGACGAGAAGGAGCAGGCACUAUCCUUGUUGCAUGAACUCGAAAGUUUUGCACAUCGGCAUUACUGGCUCAAGAUCAUCACUAUCGAGAGUUUGCACCGCAACACCAUGACCAUGUGGCUCAAAACAUGGCUAGGUGACAAGCUGCAGAUCAUAUUUGUAGAUACAAGUGAUGAUAGAAGGCUUGAGAGAUCCUGCGAUCCGUACCGCGUCAUGAUGUCCAAAGACAUGGUCAAGCGAGAGCGAGGCGCCCAUCUGAUUCGUGGACAUGCUGAUCUGAUAUUGAAUAAUGACGGCACGUUCGAAGAGUCCAUGAGGAGGCUGACUGCGUUUGCCAAUCUCAACGUGAAUAUCUAG